GAUCGCCCUCCCCGGCGGCGAGCGCAGCGCGUCGCCCUCCGCGGCCGCGGCUUCGGCGCGGGCGUUGCAGCGGGAGAUCCUGAGGUCUCCGCCAAGGUCCCCCGUCCGCCGCGCCGAGCCUGCGGGCGCCCUCCCGCACACGCCGAGCUUCUCCGCCCUGCGCCCCGCGCCGGCGCUCCGGGCGGCGGGGCGGGCGGCGCCCGAGGCCGAGGCCGGCGCGAGCAGCAGGGUGCUGGUCAUGCUGCGGGGCGAGAUGGCCGACAUGGAGGCGCAGCUGGCGGAGCAGAUGCGGGCGCUGCGGGACACCGCGACGCAGAGGCAGGACAGCAUGCGGGAGGCUGAGCUACGGAGGCUGGAGGGGAAGGUGGCGGAGCAGGCGGCGGCGCAGAGCAAGCUGGACCGCAGGGUGAGCGAGGUCUGCGGCAUGUUCCGCGGCUUGCAGAGCGAGGUGCAGCUGCAGGCGCAGGUCGGCAGCAGGCCACCGGCGGCGGGGCAGCCCGUGGCGGCCGACGACGCGUUCGAGUGGGAGGUGCGCGACAGCACCACGCCGUUCUGGCAGCACGCCGUGGCCGGCUCCUCCGCCGGCAUUGCGGAGCACGUCAGCAUGUACCCCCUCGACACGCUGAAGACGCGCAUGGGCGCCUCUCAGGUCGACGUGACCCUGUCGUCGACCCUCCGGGACGUGCUGCGGGAGCGGGGCGCGCCGGGCCUCAUGCGGGGCUCGCUGGUUAUCGGCGCAGGCUGCGUCCCGGCCCACGUGGGGCUUUUCAGCACCUACGAGUUCGCAAAGAGCGCCCUCCUGGACGCCGACAGCGCCGAACAUCAGCCCGCGCGUGCUGCCGCCUGUGGCGCUGCCGCCACCCUGGUGCACGACGUCAUCCUGACGCCCUGCGACGUGGUGAAGCAGCGCCUGCAGCAGGGCCGGUACGCCGGCGCGCUGGACUGCGUGUCGAAGACGCUUGGACACGAGGGUAUGGGCGCGUUCUACCGCAGCCUCCCCACCACACUAGUCAUGAACGUGCCCUACAUGGGUAUGUUGGUGGCCAUGAACGAGUCUUUGAAGAAGGCUGGCGAGGGCUCCCUGUCGGGAGCGCCGUGGUACUUCUUCUCCGCCGGCGUGAGCGGCGCCUUUGCCGCCACCGCGACGAUGCCCCUGGACGUCGUCAAGACGCGGCUGCAGACGCAGGGGGGCGAGCAGGCGCCUCUGGCGGCUUCCGGCGCGCCGAAGUACACGGGUUUCGUCUCCACCAUCCGCACCAUCCUGGAGCAGGAGGGCGGCAAGGGCUUCUUCCGCGGCCUCGGCCCGCGGGUCGGCCUCGCGAUGCCCUCCGCGGCGGUGUGCUGGGGGACGUACGAGACUGUUCGGAUGGCGCUGACUCGGUACAGCGGGGACACCACCGACCUGGGCACCGGCUCCACGGUUGACGCCAGUUCGCUGGAGUGGGAGGAGUGGGACGGUUCCAACCCGUUCUGGCAGCACGCCGCAGCGGGGAGCUGCGCUGGCGUCAUGGAGCACGUGGCCAUGUACCCCGUCGACACUAUCAAGACCCGCAUGCAGGCCUGCGCCGUGGAGCCUGGAGGCCGCGCUCCCGGUGUCGCGGAGACGGUGCGGGUGGUGCUGCGGGAGCAGGGUGCUUCUGGGCUGAUGCGGGGCUGCUUCGCAAUCGGCGUCGGCUGCAUCCCGGCUCACGUGGGCCUGUUCUGCACGUACGAAUUCGCGAAGGUGCGCCUGAUGGACCCGCGAGUGGCCGAGCACCAGCCCGUGCAGGCCGCCGCCUGCGGGGCCCUGGCAACGAUCGUGCACGACAUGAUCAUCACCCCGACCGACGUCGUGAAGCAGCGCCUGCAGCUGGGCCGGUACUCAGGGAUAGCAGAUUGCGUGGUGUCCAUGUGGCGGCACGAAGGGCCGCUGGCUUUCUACCGCAGCCUCCCCACCACCCUCAUCGCCGAGUGUCCGUUCCACGGCGUGCUCGUGGCCUCGAACGAGUCGCUGAAGGUCCUCCUCGGCCUGGAGAAGCGCGGGGACGUCCAGAGCGACAGCCGGGUCCCCGUGGCGAUGCACUUCGUGUCCACGGGCCUGAGCGGCAUGUUCGCGGCCGUGGUGACGCAGCCGCUGGACGUCGUCAAGACGCGCCUGCAGACGCAGAGCGUCGCGGCCGGCGCGGAGGGCGAGGUGGUCGUGAGGUACAGCGGCAUGGUGUCCACGGCUCGGCUGAUAUGGCGCGAGGAGGGCGUCGCCGGCUUGUUCCGCGGCACGGUGCCCAGGCUCGUCUUCGCGGCUCCGUCCGCGGCCAUGUGUUGGGGCACGUACGAGGUCAUGAAGCGCCUGCUGGGCGGCGCGCUCUGAGCCGCGCUCCGGCGAGGCCGCCACCCGAGGCUCUGAGGCGCGCCGCCCGCGCCGGGGGCGGCGCCGCCGCAGGGGGCCGGGCAGCCUGCGCGGAAGCGGCG